AUGGGAGAUUUUGACUUGGUGAAAACCUUACAGAAAACUUCAUCUUCUGUAGAAUCUGAUAUCAAAAAUUUUCCCCAUUCUCUUGGACUGAACUUAAAUACCAAUAGAAGUAGUCCCCACCUUAGUACAAACGGGGUAUCCUCUUUCUCAGGGAAGACCAGACCAUCUGUCAUUCAAGGGACAGUUGGAGUCCUGACUUCUUUAAUGCAAGAGCUACAAAACAGUGGAAAGACUGACUCGGAACUUUGGAAAAACUGUGAGCGUAUACAAGAGGAGAUAAAAAAUUUAGUGAAAUUACAGACGAGUAAUGCUUCCUGGGCUUCCUAUGAUAGAAGUUCUUUAUGCAAACAAGUAUCUUCAGAAAGUCAAAUGGGUUUUUUUCCUGAAAACAGUGAGAGAAAUGAAUCUGUUAUCAGUUACCCUAAAUCUAAAGAACCUGAAAUGCAUCAAGAAACGUCCUCAUCGCAACCAGACUGUAACAUGGACAGUAGCUCAGUGAGCAGUGGGUAUGGUACCUUUUGUGUCUCAGAGUUAAAUACAUACAAACUUAAAGACUCUGAAGAGUUCAUGGAACACACUGAUGUUUCCAAAGGACAGUACGUAGCACCUGUGGUGCAGCCUGAUUCGCUUGUAGACGGUGUAAAAAACAAGGGUUUUUAUAUACAGACUACCGAAGAGUUUGGUCCAUCUUUAAAGGAAGAUAUUUCCAUUUUUCCUGGUGAAUUUGAACAUAAUUUACUUGACGAAAAUAAGAUUUCUGAAGUAUACAGUGGAAAAACAAAUAGAAAAAUGCAGCAGGCAGCUCUACAAGGUGAGCGCCCCAGCCCACUGUGUGUGUCAGCCAGGAGCAUUGAAUUUGCACCUCAGAAUCGGGACAAGGGCAAAUCUCAUUUUGCUGCUGCUCCACAUCCUUGUGGUUUUUAUCUCAGUAAACCAGAUGAAACUCCAAAUUCUUGGAUGUCUGAUUCGGGAACAGGACUGACUUAUUGGAAACUAGAGGAGAAGGACACAUAUCACUCUUUGCCUGAAACUUUAGAGAAGACUGUUGUACCGUUGUCCUCCACAGACAUGUUACCCGGGCAGCCUAAUACUAGUAAUGAGAUGAAGCUACCAUCCCUGAAGGAUAUUUAUCAUAAAAAACAAAGGGAAAACAAGCAGUUACCUGAGAGGAAUUUCACUUCUGCUUCCAACCCAAAUCAUCCUCCAGAGGUACUGACUCUAGAUCCCUCGUUACAUAUGAAGCCAAAUCAGCAGAUUUCAGGGAUUCAGCCACAUGACUUUUUGAAUGCCCUUGAUGACAGAAUAUCCUUUUCACCAGACUCUGUUCUAGAACCUAGUAUGUCCAGUCACUCUGACAUAGACUCAUUUUCACAAGCAAGUAAUGUUGCUUCUCAGUUAUCUGGAUUCCCCAAAUAUCCUGCAAAUACAAAAGCUUCCCCGAUGGACUCUUGGAAAAGUCAUGCAUUCCAAAAUGAAAGCAGGACCAGCUCCACAUUUCCUUCUGUGUAUACUGCCACCAGUAAUGAUAUCUCAGUCAACACUGUAGAUGAAGAAAACACUGUCACGGUAGCUUCCGCCUCUGUCAGUCCGUCCCAGCUUCCAGGUACAGCCCGCGGGGUCGCAGAGUGCAUUUCACUGACUUCCAUGGAAGAUCCUGUGAUACUGUCUAAGAUUAGGCAGAAUCUGAAGGAAAAGCAUGCCCGACACAUAGCAGAUCUUCGAGCUUAUUAUGAAUCAGAAAUAAGUAGUUUGAAACAGAAGCUGGAGGCAAAAGAAAUUUCUGCAGUUGAAGAUUGGAAAAAGAAUAAUCAAAUUCUUGUAGACAGAUGUGGCCAAUUAGAUAGUGCUUUGAAUGAAGCUACUAGUCGUGUCAGAACACUUGAAAAUAAGAAUAACUUACUGGAAAUAGAAGUGAAUGACUUGAGAGAACGGUUCAGUGCAGCCAGCAGUGCCUCCAAAAUUUUGCAGGAACGAAUUGAGGAAAUGAGAACAAGUAAUAAAGAAAAAGACAAUACUAUCAUUCGACUAAAAUCUAGACUGCAGGAUUUAGAAGAAGCAUUUGAGAAUGCUUACAAACUCUCAGAUGAUAAAGAAGCUAGACUAAAACAAGAAAACAAAAUGUUUCAAGAUCUUUUAGGAGAGUAUGAGUCCCUUGGAAAAGAACAUGGAAGAGUAAAGGAUACAUUAAAUACAACUGAGAACAAAUUGCUUGAUGCGCAUACUCAGAUUUCUGAUCUGAAAAGAAUGAUUUCAAAACUUGAAGCUCAGGUCAAGCAAGUGGAGCAUGAAAAUAUGUUAAGCCUUCGUCAUAAUUCUAAAACUCACGUGAGACCCUCUCGUGCCAACACACUUGCAACUUCCGACGUCAGCAGGCGCAAGUGGCUGAUUCCGGGCGCAGAGUAUUCCAUUUUCACUGGCCAGCCCCUGGACAUCCAGGACAGUAGAGUAGAUCACCAGCUGGAGGAAACCCGUGUCCCUGGGUACCAUUCCCCUCCGGAAAAGGAUUCUUCACUGGGAAGUUCAUCAACAAGCUUAUUGAUGAAAAACCAAAGAGAGACUUCAGACAUACCGAUCGUGAAAGCUUUAAAAGAACUUGAUGAAGAAAAAAUAUUUAAAAAUUGGGGGACACAAACAGAGAAAGAGGAUACCUCAAAUAUGAAUCCUCGGCAAACUGAAACUUCAGUCAAUGCAAGUCGUUCCCCAGAGAAAUGUGCCCAGCAGAGACAAAAGAGACUUAAUUCUGCUUCACAGAGAUCAUCGUCUUUACCACCUUCAAAUCGUAAAUCAAGCACUCCAACAAAGAGAGAGAUUAUGUUAACACCAGUGACUGUGGCUUAUAGUCCAAAGCGAUCCCCUAAAGAAAAUUUGUCUCCAGGAUUUAGUCAUCUACUUAGCAAAAAUGAAAACAGUCCAAUUCGAUUUGAUAUACUUUUGGAUGAUUUAGAUACUGUUCCUGUGUCUACAUUACAACGUGCCAAUCCAAGAAAACAACUCCAGUUUCUUCCUCUAGAUGACUCGGAAGAAAAAAAAUAUUCAGAAAAAGCUACCGACAACCAUGUUAAUCAUAGCUCUUGCCCCGAACCGUUGCCAAAUGAGAUGAAGAAAGUAUCUGUGAGACCAGCCUGGGAGAAGAAUAAAUCAGUUAGCUAUGAACAAUGUAAGCCUGUUUCAGUAACACCACAGGGUAAUGAUUUUGAAUAUACAGCAAAAAUUAGGACCUUAGCUGAAACGGAACGAUUUUUUGAUGAACUUACAAAAGAAAAGGACCAGAUUGAGGCAGCUCUAAGCCGGAUGCCUUCUCCUGGAGGACGAAUCACUUUACAGACAAGAUUAAAUCAGGAAGCCUUGGAAGAUCGUUUGGAAAGGAUUAAUCGAGAACUGGGUUCCGUUCGCAUGACACUAAAGAAAUUUCAUGUUUUGCGCACCUCUGCAAAUCUUUGAGAUUUGUAGCCAUUAAAUUUUGAGACAUUUUUGU